AUGAACGACACAAAUAAAGAGGCAGCCGAGGGUUUCCUUUUCCUUCCUCUGGCUCCAGGACUGAGCGCUCCUCUCCUCUCCCUCUCUCCUCCACCGGCCAUUGCUCGCUGUCGAAGCCCUGAGAGAGAGAGAGAGAGAGAGAGAGAGAGGAAACGAGGGGGAGGGAGAGGGGAUUGAGAUCCGGAGGCGGCGAAAUCUAGGGUUAGGGUUUCGUUCCCAGCGACUGCGUCGCGUGAGCUGGAGGUGAAGAUGAGCGCGAAUCCGGCCCCCGCGAGCUCCCAUGGCAACCUUGACGAGCAAAUUGCGCAGCUCAUGCAGUGCAAGCCCCUCUCCGAACAAGAGGUUAGGGUGUUGUGUGAGAAGGCAAAAGAAAUUCUGAUGGAAGAAAGCAAUGUUCAGCCUGUGAAAAGCCCUGUAACAAUAUGUGGUGACAUUCAUGGGCAAUUUCAUGAUCUUGCAGAACUAUUUCGAAUUGGAGGGAAGUGUCCAGAUACGAAUUACUUAUUUAUGGGCGAUUACGUAGACCGUGGUUACUAUUCCGUUGAAACUGUUACGCUUUUGGUGGCCCUGAAGGUGCGCUAUCCACAACGAAUUACCAUCCUUAGAGGAAAUCAUGAGAGUCGUCAGAUUACCCAAGUUUAUGGAUUUUAUGAUGAGUGCUUACGAAAAUAUGGGAAUGCAAAUGUAUGGAAGAUCUUCACAGAUCUUUUUGAUUAUUUCCCACUGACAGCAUUGGUUGAAUCAGAAAUAUUUUGCCUGCAUGGUGGGUUAUCUCCAUCUAUUGAGACCCUGGAUAACAUACGUAACUUUGACCGUGUUCAAGAAGUUCCUCAUGAGGGACCAAUGUGUGAUCUUUUAUGGUCUGAUCCAGAUGACAGAUGUGGGUGGGGUAUUUCUCCCCGUGGUGCUGGAUAUACCUUUGGCCAAGAUAUAUCUGAGCAAUUUAACCAUACCAACAACCUUAAGCUGAUAGCCAGAGCUCAUCAAUUGGUCAUGGAAGGAUAUAACUGGGGACAUGAACAAAAGGUGGUAACCAUAUUCAGUGCACCUAAUUAUUGCUACCGCUGUGGGAAUAUGGCAUCCAUCUUGGAAGUUGAUGACUGCAAGGGGCAUACAUUCAUCCAGUUUGAGCCAGCCCCCAGGAGAGGAGAACCCGAUGUAACUCGUAGAACACCUGAUUAUUUCCUAUGAAGAAGUUAUUGGAGGUAAUUUGCUGAUUUCAGGAAGCAGGUGGAUGCUUGCUAAAUGAGAUUGUGAAGCAGAUAUUUCUUGGAGAUCCUAUGAUCAGAUUGACAUUUUUAUUUUAGGCUGCUAAGCUUGGUGGUUUGUGGGGGAUGUAUAAUUGGUGGGAAAGUUCUAUUUGUUUUCAAGUCAGACCUGUAAUUGGUUUCCAUUGUGGUCGGAGGCAGCAGGGCUGAUUAUUAUCAGCAUCAGCAGUAGCAUGUAUCGUUUUGACGAGAAUUACAAUUUUCCCCUUUUUUCCUUUUUUUUCUUUUUCCUUUUCUAAUCUUGUAGAGGGAAGGAAUUUUAAAUUAGGGGGUGCUUUGCUCAAUUAUUGGAUUCAAUGCUUUUGCUUCUGUG